AUGUCUCGCUUCGCCGACACGAGCGCAACAAAGGGUGUCUGGCGCCAAUUGCGCGACAAUCCAUACGUUUUUGGUCUGUCUGCUAUUCAAGGGAUGGUUCGUGUCGACGCUUCUGCUGGCUGCGUGGUUGGGAUCCUUGGUGAACGUUCCGAUAGCAGACCGAGUUGGGCGAAAGGGCUUAAUGCUGGCGGCGGUCGUGCGGUUGCGGGAUUCGCAGUCGGCAUGCUGACCAUGAUUGUGCCCAUGUACAUGUCUGAGGUUUCGACUCCAGGCAUUCGAGGUACAAUGGUCGUUCUGCAGCAGCUGAGCAUCACGCUUGGUAUUGUCGUCAGUUACUGGCCGGAAUACGGCACGCAGUACAUUGGCGGGACGAGAUGUGCUCCUGCUAUUCCGUAUACAGGCGGCACCGAGAUGAGGCGCGAGUUCGAUCCCAGCCAUGAUGUCGGCCCAAGGGGCUGUUCCGGCCAGAGCCAGGCAGCAUGGAGAGUUUCGUUUGCGCCGCAAAUCGGGGGACCUCUCGCUUUCACGUACUUUAUCAUCCCGGAGACGAAGGGCAAGAGUCUCGAGGACAUGGACAUGGCAUUUGGAGACACGGCUGCCCACGACGAAAAGGCGCGGCUGUUUGAUAUCGUGGCCGCGCAGGGUCCCACUGCGCCCAUGCCGGAAGACAAGGUUGACGAACCGGGGGAAAGAGGAAGAAAAGCCAAUGUUCUGUGUAGGAAUGGCGCUGGAUAA